UUUGCUCUGAUUCGUCGCAGCAAUGUUGUCUCUCCAUCUUCUCCUGGCUACCAUUGCCGCCUUCGCUCUCCAAGGGGGCGCCUUAGCACAAUUCUAUCCGGAACUUCAACCACAACUGCAAAGAUUUCAAAACCCGCGCCGUUGCUAUCCCAACAAUGGCGACUGGAUCAUGGUGAAGAGGAACUACCCCUACGAUCCAAACUUCGGCGGAAACGCUAAAUGCGUGAAAUAUGAGAGAAUUGGACCGGUCAUGGGCAACAGCAUGAACGUGAGGUUCUCUUGGUGCCAGGACGGAUCCGGACAUGGAUGUGGAUCAAAUACUGGUCGAUAUGUCCUCACUUCAACGCCAGGAUACAGCACAAGGAAUCAGUAUAACUUUAUGUCCUUCAAUGGUAUGGGCAAUUACCAAAUGCACACGAUCUUCAAAGACUGCGGCACUUGCUUUGUUGGACGUUAUCGUUAUGCUCUUAACGGAUAUGGCUGUGCCAUGUGGCGCCGUGCGGCGCCCAACUUCAGCCGACGUUCCACCUACUGCAACUUCAUCUUCGAUCUGUUCUGUGGCGGUGCUCCCAAGUACCAGGUGUACGAUCAGUCAUGCAGUCGGGUGCUCGGCCUAUACGGUGGCUCCUACACCGGCUGGUAUAAGAAAUAAUCAGUGGCUCAUGAGCUCAUGCCCGUCUCCUAAGCAUGUAACUCCCCAGCACGUUUAUUGAAAUAAAGCUUAAUUUCUGUCCA